UUACAUGUCAUGUUUGGAUUAAACUUGCAUGGUUCCUCUAUUUUUUCUAUAUUAACUUUAAUUGUUUUUAAAUAAUUCCAAAAAAUCAUACCAGAACCAAAAUUCCAUUUCAAACACAAACAAAUCUACAAAGCUUGUCUGUCAUAUAAGGGGCGCUACUUAUAAGCGUCUACUUAUCAAUAAGGAGACUUAACUUAUUCAUCUGAAGUCUCUCUCUGUCUACAAAGAAACUACUAUCUGCCAACUUUCCUCAUUCUUUUGCACAGUACUGCAGACCUUUUCCAGAGGUUUAUAGAUAGGUAGGUUUUGAAAGGAAGAAAGAACUCAGUUAGACUAUGUCUCUCAGUAAAGACCUUAUAUUCUUGAUACUGCAGUUCUGCAAUGAAGAGAACCUUACGAAAACUGCUCACAUGUUAGGGCAGGAGACAGGGUUGUUCUUUGACAUAGAACAUUUUGAAGCUCUGGUGCUCAGUGGCAAUUGGGAUGAGACUGAGAAUUACAUUUCAAGUUUCACUGGUGUCAAUGACAACAAAUAUUCUUUAAAAAUGUAUUUCGAGAUAAGGAAACAAAAGUUCCUUGAGACACUCGACAGGCAAGAUCAUAGAACUGCUCUAGACAUCCUAUGGAAAGAUCUUAAAGUGUUUGCCGAGUCAAAUGAAGAGCUUUAUAGAGAGAUGGCUCAGCUUCUUACAUUGGAUGACUUCAGAGAAUAUGCUCCUCUUGCUCUUUAUGGAGACAUAAUAUGUGCUAGGAAACGCAUGAUGAAGGAACUUAAGGUUGUCAUUGAAUCAAGCCCCCAGUUUCAGGGGAGAGUCAAAUUUCCAGAAUUAGACAAAGCAAGAUUGCGCCGUCUAAUUAAUCAAAGGUACUUGAACUGGCAGCAUAUUCAGUGUGAAAAUCCUCAGCCAGAACCAGAGAUCAAAACACUCUUCAGAGAUCAUAAGUGUCCCAAACCUGAAGAUCAAUCGGUUAAGCUUUCUGAGCAAAGGCCAAGGCCUAGCAAAACCAUACCGGUUGCAAAACUAGCUUUUCCACAAAUGUUCUCUAAUUCUUCCAUUGUAACGGAUGACAUGGGUUCUGCUACGACUUCGAAGGCCGUUCAGGAUUCUGGUAAUUUAUAUGAUGUAAGCUCUCGAGGGGAUAUGAAUAAGAAGGUGUUAUCCACAACUGUUGCUGGGCAAAAUCAGGAUGCAUCGUCUGACCUCUCUGAUGACUUUCCCAAUGUCGUUGCACGUGUUUUAAACAUCGACCAUUCUCCAACCACAAUGGAUUUUCACCCUAUUCAACAGACUCUUCUGCUAGUUGGAGACAGUUUUGGAGGCAUAGAGCUGUGGAAUGUUAGUUCAAGAAACUGUAUGAUCUGGAAAGUAAAAGCUGCUUCAUAUGCAUUUCUGGAAAGUAUAACCGAAGAUCUGCAUAUCUCAGUCAAUCGAAUCCUAUGGAGUUCUGAUGGCUGUUUCUUUGGGGUUGCAUACUCCAAAAGCAUUGUUCAACUAUAUUAUUAUCAUAAUAAUAACAACCAUGCUGAAAAAUAUCUGGAGUUUGAGGCCCAUUCUGGCAGUGUAAAUGAUCUUGCAUUUUCUAAGCCAGAUAACCAACUAUUUGUCAUUACCUGUGGUGAGGACAAGUUGGUCAAGGUCUGGAGUACCGUAACUGGUGCUAUCCAAUAUACUUUUGAAGGUCAUGGAGCCCCUGUUUACUCUCUGUGCGCUCAUCAGAAGGAAGAUAUUCAUUUUAUAUUUUCAACAUCAACUAAUGGUGAAAUAAAAGCGUGGUUAUUUGAAAACUCGGGACGACCAAGGGUUUCUUAUGAGGCUCCUGGUCAUUGUUGCAUGAGAAUGCUUUACAGUGCUGAUGGUAAAAGGCUUUUUUCAUGUGGGACUAAUAAAGACGGAGACUCGCAUAUAGUGGAAUGGGAUGAAACUGAAGGUUACAUAGCAAGGACCUACCUCGGACUUAGCAGAUUUUCUUUAGGUGUUGUGCAAUUUGACAUCAGCAGCAAUAAGUAUGUGGCUGCUGGAGAUUCCCAUGUAAUCAAAGUUUGGAAUGUAAAUGAUCCUCAACUUUUGACAGCUGUCGAUAUUGGUGGAGACCUACCUGCAAGUCCAUAUAUUCGAUUCAGCAAGCAAGGCUCUCUAUUGGCUGUCUUUGUGGACCAUAGCAGGAUCAAAAUCUUGGCAAAUUAUUGUGGCUGCUUUUUGCUUCAAGCUUCAUUGGAUGCCUCUAGAUAUCUAUCAGAUUCUAUCAGAAAGCUUGCAAGCUAUUCCCUUGGUGGUCCUUCUAAUACUAGCUCAACUGAUCGCAUUGUCCCUCAAGAAAAGACAGUAGAUAACCUGGCAAGUAUGCAGCCUCACAAGAUAUUAGGGAAUCAGAGUAUCACUAAGGUCAUCCAAGUUUCACAAUGUCAAUCUUUGAGGCUCCCUUCAGACGUGAGGAAAUAUAGGGUGUGGAGGUUGAUGUAUACUCAUGCAGGAAAUACGCUUUUGGCCUUAGUCGCAGAUGGUAUUCAUCUACUCUGGAAAUGGUCGAAGAGUGGUUCUAAUUUGACUGGCCAGGCAACAACAAAAUGCACUCCUCAACUAUGGCAACCACGAAGUGGGGUGUUGUUGACCAACAGUCUGCCCAGAAGUGAUGCAGGAGCAAUUUCACCUUGCGUAGCAUUAACCAAGAAUGACUCUUAUGCAAUUUCGGCAUCCGGAGGAGCGGUUUCUAUAUUCAAUAUUACCAUGUUUAAGAAAAUGAAAAGUAUGAUGCCUCCUAUACCUGCAGCAACAUGUAUUACUUGUCACCCGUCUGAUAACAAUGUGAUUGCUAUAGGGAUGGAUGACUCGACAAUCAAUGUCUACAGUGUCCGAUUGGAUAUGGUCACAAACAUGCUUAAGGGACAUUCUAAAAGGAUUACCGGACUUUCCUUCUCUAACAUACGGAAUGUGCUUGUUUCUUCAGGAGCAGACUCUCAGAUAGUGGCGUGGGAUUCAACAAAUUGGGAGAGGAAGCGAAGUACAAUGUUGCAGAUCUCUCCUGACUGGUUACCAACAGAACUAUCAGAGACCUUCAUCCAAUUUCACCGAGAUGAGAAACACUUCCUUGUCGUACAUGAGACUCAAAUUGCAAUCUAUGAAACAACAAAAUUAGAAUGUGUAAAGCAGUGGAUCAUCAAAAACUUAUGUGCGCGAAUUUCGCACGCGACAUUCUCGUGUGAUAAUCAGUGGAUUUAUGUCGUUAUGAAAGAUGGGGUCGUUUUGAUACUCUCUGCUUCAGAUCUCUCUCCCAAAUAUGAGAUAGAUCCUUCUACUUUCCUCCCUUCUGAUUUCAGUUCUUAUGUGUUCCCUUUGGUGGUUGCUGCUCAUCCUAAAAAUCCGAACCAGUUUGCUUUGGGUUUAAACGAUGGUGGAGUAGUCGUUGUUGAACCUCCAGAAUCUGAUGGUAGAUGGCUCACGCCACCUCAAGACGAUGACAAUAAUGACUAUACCAAGUAAUAUAGCAGUUAAUUCUAGAUUCAUUUUAAGUAUUCUUUAAAGUUUGUGGUUGAAUAUAGGGAAACAUUCAUGCAUCGUUAGGUCAUUCAUUUGAAGAACUGUAAUCACAUUGAGCAGGCUCGCUAUAGGCAAAAUAUCUCAGUGUUUUUCCUUACAGCCUAUAAGUGGAAAAUUAUUUAUUGUACUUAUAUAUUAGUGUCAUUGUUUAUGUCGCAUGAAA